CAGCGAGGGUUGGUGGUCGGCGGUGUGGGGGGAACAGCAGCAGCUGCGGCGGUUGCUGCGGGGUCGGGGUUGUUGAAUGAGGAGGUGCUUGGGAAGCUGGCGGUGGAUAUACCCGACAUGAGGAGCAGGGUGGGAGUGGGCGACCAAGCUGUGUUCGGCGGUCAGGGCCUCAGCCUCACUCGCGCGCGGCUGCAGCUGAGCGAGAGCGCAGACAAGGUGGUGGAGGCGGUCACGUUCGCCAGCCGGGGGGUGAAGCUGCUGGGGAGCGAUGUGGGCACGGCAGCGCGGCUCUUCCUGAAGGCAGCGCUGGGCAACACCCUGAAGCCCCGCGAGGUGUCCGCCCUCCGCCGCACCGCCCGCGACCUGCUCACCUUCAUCCCCUUCACCGUCAUCCUGCUGGUGCCGCUGACGCCGCUGGGCCAUGUGCUGGUGUUUGGGUUCAUCCAGCGCUACUUUCCCUCCUUCUUCCCCUCCCAGUUCUCCAGCAGGAGACAGGACAUCAUGAUUAGGUAUGAGGAGCUGGAGCGGCAGCUGUUGGAGGCUCAGGCGGCAGCGGAGGCGGCGGAAGAGGAGGUGGAGCUCGCCAAGGCGAGGGAGGCGGUGGCGAGGCUGACAGCACCCGAGGCGCCGCCUUGUGUGGUGGUGUUCCCUGAUUCCGCAGGCACUGCGGAUGCGACUGUUGCG